UCUAUCAACCCGGAAGAAGCACAUUUUGCUUCCGGCUACAGUUUCGCAUGCAGCGAAACAUGUCGAGUGGAGGAGGCUCCGUUGCUUCGCUGUGGACUGAAGUGAAUCGCUGUGGACAGAAUGGAGACUUCACUCGGGCCCUCAAAGCUGUCAACAAAAUUUUGCAUGAAGUCAAGGAAGACGUGACAGCCCUUCACUGUAAAAUAGUUUGCCUCGUGCAGAAUUGCAGUUUCAAAGAGGCACUGAAUGUCAUGAACACUUAUUCAAAAGUACUUGGCAGUGAUCUUAUUGUGUUUGAAAAAGCCUACUGUGAGUACCGAUUGAACAGAGUUGAAAGUGCCCUGAAGACCAUUGAAAGUGUUUCAGAACAAACAGACAAGCUCAAGGAACUCUAUGGCCAAGUGCUUUACCGUAUGGAGCGCUAUGAUGAGUGCAAGGCUGUCUACACGGACCUGAUCAGGAACUCCCAGGAUGAAUACGAAGAGGAGAGGAAGACCAACCUAUCAGCAGUGGUUGCUGCUAUGAGCACAUGGGAGAAGGCUUCUCCGGAUGAUCUUGGCCUGUCUGAGACUACAUAUGAGCUGAGCUACAACGCUGCCUGCACUCUAAUUGGUCGAGGCCAGCUCACGGAGGCUCUGAACAAACUACAGGAAGCAGAAGAGCUUUGUCGGGUUUUCUUCUCAGAGGAUUCGGAUAUAACUGAGGAGGACGUUGAGUCGGAGCUGGCUGUCAUCCACUCCCAGAUGGCCUACAUUAUGCAGUUACAGGGUCGGACAGAGGAGGCGCUGCAGCUCUAUAACCAAGUCAUCAAGCUCAAGCCAUCAGAUGUGGGACUUCUAGCUGUGACUGCUAACAACAUCAUUACGAUUAACAAGGACCAAAACGUGUUUGACUCUAAGAAGAAGGUGAAACUGACAAAUGCCGAUGGCGUUGAGUACAAGCUGGCCAAGAAGCAGCUGCAGGCCAUUGAAUUCAACAAAGCCCUGUUGGCUAUGUACACUAACCAGGCGGACCAGUGCAGAAAGCUGACGUCAGGCCUCCAGUCCCAGAACCCAGGCCACCCGCGGCCAGUUUUGAUCCAGGUGGCUCAGCUGUGCAGAGAGAAGCAACACUCGAAGGCCAUAGAGCUGCUUCAGCGUUUCUCAGACCAGCACCCAGACAGUGCAUCUGGUAUCAAAUUGACGAUGGCACAACUCUAUUUGACUCAAGGUCACGUUACAAAAGCAUGUGACAUCUUGAGGUCUAUCGAAGAUUUCAAGCACAAACAAGGGAUGAUCUCAGCUCUGGUAUCAAUGUACAGCCACGAAGAGGACAUCGACAGCGCAAUUGAUGUCUUCAGCCAAGCUAUUCAGUACUACCAAUCUGAACAGCCUGGUUCAUCUGUUCACCUGGCGCUCGUACGAGAGGCCGCUGAUUUCAAGCUGAAGUACGGACGGAAAAAGGAAGCCAUCAGUGACCUGGAACAACUGUGGAAGCAAAACACCAAUGACAUCCACACUUUGGCACAACUUAUCUCGGCUUAUUCUUUGGUGGAUCAAGAUAAAGCCAAGUCCCUCAGCAAGCACCUCCCCUCCCCUGAAAGCAUGUCGUUCAACGUGGACGUAGAUGAGCUGGAGAACUCUCACGGAGCCAACUAUGUCAGAAAGAAGGCUGCUAAAGUAACAGGGGAGAACCCACCCAAAGAACAAGGCCAAGGGGAUGUUAAAAAGAAGAAGAAGAAAAAAAAGAAGGGCAAACUGCCCAAGAACUACGACCCAACAGCGAACCCUGACCCGGAGAGAUGGCUGCCCAUGAGAGAGCGCACCUACUACCGGGGCAGGAAGAAGGGCAAGAAGAAGGAACAAGUGGGAAAAGGCACGCAGGGGGCCACGUCUGGAGCUGCAUCCGACCUGGAUGCCAGUAAGACUGCCAGCAGCCCCCCCACCUCCCCCCGGCCAGGGUCAGCCCAAGCCUCUGCCUCCACCUCGGCCCCCGCUGCCAGCAACGUGGUCCCUCCACGACAGCAGAAGCCCGCUACCGCAGGGCCAGGGGCCCGCAAGAAGGCCCCUCAGAAGAAGAAGAAAGGAAGCAAGAGUGGCUGGUAGACUGGAAGAACGCUGCAGAUAUGGAGCAACACAUAGGCAACCACCACCACAUGGCCCGGAACUCACAGAAUCAUGUGCUUUGUCAUUUAAGUUGAUUAGCCUGUUUUUUUUUUUUUGACCACAAACAUUGUCCAAUUUGUAGUUGUUGAAUAGGAUGUGAUGAAUUGAGUAAUGGGCAUCAAUUCCCUGCCUGGUUCUUUCACGGUUAGAUUUUUUUACACAGAAACAAUUGUCAGAGAACUAAUUUUAAUGGCCAGAGACCUUAUUUGUUUGUUGUAGGCAAGUGGGUUCUCUAGUUAUAAUUAGUAUCUUCUGUGCAGAGGAAAUGUACUGUUGUUUCUGUUCUCUGAGCCUGAGUUUUUGAAAACUGUUCUUUGACCGUAAACUAAUUUCCUUGAGUUGCCCACUGAAGAGGCAAGCUUUGUAUGCAAAAGUUAGUAUAUAUUUCUUUCCUGCAUUGGUUUAAAGUAAAAAGACAUUUUUUUUAUUAUUUUUGGGUAGCAGUACGUCAUUUGCGUAUUGUUUUAAGGAAAAUGAUGAAAGCAAACGAUUUUGGCCAAAAUGUGUGUCCCAUUGUUAUGUCUUAAUAAAUAGGCUUCCUUAACUGAAA